AUGUUACUCACCUUCCUACUCCUCUCUCUCCUCACCCACUUCACCAACGCCAACACCGAAAAAACAAUCUUCCUCGGCCCCCCUCCCCUCCAAAUCCCCAUCGAACACCCAACUCUCUCCGACCUCCACCUCUCCUCCCUCUCCCCCCAACACUGGUCCUUCCGCACCCAUCUUCGCGCCGACUUCCACACCAAUUCCUCCACCAAAGGCUACUCAUCAUGGUACCUACUGCACCGACUCGAAGAAGGGCAACGGUACGAAGUGAGAAUAUGCUGGGCUGCGACGGUAAGGACUUCAAUCACACCUCAUCCAUCUACCACUAGACGAACUACGCAAAGAAGCAAAAGCAAAAACUAACGAGAAACCCCCAGCAACCAACGUCCUUCGACCUGAAAACCCACGACCUCCCAACCGUCUUCCAAACCCCGGAAUUAAUAACCUCCCUCGCAGAGUACUCCGAAGAACGGCGUCUCAAAUACGAACUCCGCGAUGACGGAGCGAGUAAACAUAAGACCAAAACAGACGACCUCUCUUCUGCGCUAUUCCUACAGGUAUUCGCGGCGGCAGAUUAUUACACAACGAAUAAAACACUUAUGGCAAACGUCCCACCGGUUUUCGUUGAUAUAAUUCUCGAUCCGUUUAUAUUCAAUAUCCUUCCCCGCUCUCUACUCCCAACAGUCGCAUAUAUCACCCUCCUCGCAAUCGGAUCUUGGUAUUUGUCGAAGUACAUAAGCAAAUGGUUCCUGAGUUUCGCACGCGAAGAAGUGGAUGUUACUAAGAAGAAGAGCUGA